CGUAACAAGUAUGGCGGCUGUUUUCAAAACAAAACUUGACGGAUAACUAAAUAUCUGCUUAUUGAGAUAAUACCGAUGCCAAUCAAUGCUACGAUGGUCGAAAAGGAUAGAUUUUUAGUUGUUGUUGCAGUUUUAGAAGGGAGGCGAUUUCCAAAGAGGCCACGUCAUCAGCUCAUUGCAGAAGCAAAAUUCAAUGGGGAACUCUUGACAACAGACCCUGUUGAUCAUGUGGAAAGUCCAGAUUUCACACAAGAACUUGCCUGGGAGCUUGAUAAAAAAGGAUUACAUCAACAUAGAUUACAAAGAACGUCAGUUAAAAUACAGUGUUAUGCUCUUGAUCCAUCCACCUCUGUGAAGGAACCUAUUGGUUAUGUUGUUUUGGACUUAAGAUCUGCACACAACAAGCAGACAUCAAAAUGGUAUCCGUUGUUGCUUGGCAAGUACCAGAAAAGCAAGCCAGAGCUGAGGCUGGGUCUGUAUCUUGAUGAAGACAAGUCUGAGGAGAACACAAGUUUCAAAGCAAAGGAAGCUCCACCAAGAUUGAUAGAGACGCCAGUGAAGGACAAGACUUCCCAGCUGUUGAAGCCCGUCCUCAAUGAGGAGGAGGGGUAUUACCAACUGGGCCCUCCCCAGCAGUGCUCCGACCAGUUUGUGUUGUCAGUUACCAUAGCAACCGCCACCAAUCUCGCACAGCUUAUUCCUAGCACACUGGCGCUUCCAUCUGGCAAUGGAUUUUUCUUCUAUUUCUCAUUAUUUGGCAACGAUGUUACCAACGAGGUGUUUCAUGACCUGAUAAACCCACAAUUCCCUGCUGAGCGGGCGUCAGUGAGAGUUCGGAGCAGCGUGGAAGCACUGCGUAUGUUCUUCACUAGUCAACCUGGCCUACAGGUGCAUUUAUGUUGUGGAGAGCAGUCACUAGGCAGGGCAGAGGUCCCACUCAACUCGUUACUGAAGAAGAGUAGCACAGAGAUCUACAUGAAGCCGGUGUCUGUUGAAGGCUCAUUUGAGCUAGUUCCUCCAAACCGAGCCAAGCAGCAGAUGACAGUGCUGGCUGGCAGUCUUACGCCGGUAGUCGGUCUGUCUGUGGUCCUGAGGAAGGAAGAUCUGGCCAUGAAAUCUCCUGUCAAAGAAGACCAUCUCAGUCCAAUACGUUCCCCAGCUCCCCAAUCCCCGCAUCACAAGGCUAGAGGUGAGCACAGGUCACCUGGGAAAGGUCACCAAGGUGGUGAAAGGUCAAGGUCACCUCCUCAAGGUCAGAGGCAAAAGGCACCAUCCCCUACGGGGGCAAAGGAAGAACAACAAAAUGGAUAUGCAGAUGAUUUUGAGGAGGCUACACAUGAGAACGUUAGCAGCUUUGAAGAAGAAAGAAAUAAAGAAGCUAAAGGGCCAGAGGAGACAGAGCUUAAAUCUUCCGGUCCCUCUGUUCCUGGCCCCAGACGUCACCCCUCGGACACCACGACGUCCACCACACAGCACCAUGUAGCAAUUCCACCCCAGUCACACCACUUCUCCUUCUCUAUCGACCUUCGCAGUGUGAAGAGUCAUGACACAAAUGCCACACAGUUUGUGUUCUUGAGGUACACCUACCCAUUCUUCGGGAGUGCAGCUCCCAUUCUUACCCACCCACCCGUGGAGAUACGCAAGGGCAUGGAAGUGCUCCUCCCACAGUCCUUCUGUGCUUUUGAUUUCGCCUGCAAUGUGCAGCAGCUUCAGGAGACAUUUCUACGAGUGCCCUUGCUGGUAGAGCUCUGGAAUCGUGACAAACAACUCUCCAAGGAUGUCUUUCUUGGGGCAGCUCGUCUACCUCUUGGAGAUAUUAUAGUGGCAGACAAAACCAAAAUCAUGAACAAUUCUGGAAACAGUGGGUGGAAACAAUUGUUUAGCAACAAAGUGCCAAUUAUUUCAACAGAAAGCCAAGGCAAGCAUAUAGGUGAGCUGGCUUUCGUGUUGAGCCUGGAGGACUGGGGAGCCAUUGGAACUCAGCAGAUAGUUGUGGCCCAUACAGAGUCAACCAUGACCCAUGGUCAGAUGGCUAGCCCCAACCCGGGGCCGGUGCAGCAACCGUCGCCGCGGGAGACAGAGGAGUACAAGGCGGCCAUGGAGCUGGAGAUGUGGAAGGAAGAGCAGGAACACGUCUUUGAGAACCAGUUGAAGCAGAAGGAGAUGAUGUACAUGAAGGCCCUGGCAGAGGAAUGGAAGAAGAGAGACAGAGAGAGGGAGCUGCUCAUGAAGAAAAAGUUGACAGAGUAUGCCCAGCUAGAGGAACAGUUACGUAAGACUCUCGUGGACCUGGAGAAAAGGGAGAAACAGCUGGCAGCCAAUGAACAGGAGGUGAUGCGUCUCAAGACAGACCUGCAGCGUGAACACGACCGCAAGUUACAGGAGAUGAAGGAGGCCUCAAGACGAAUGAAGGAUGACUGUGACCAUCUGGUCGACCUGGAAAAGGCUAAGAGUCGAGAAUUGGAAAGCUUGAUACAGAGAUACAAGGAUGAGCUAACAGAGGCAGAGAAGCGUAAGGCCAAGGUGGAGAAGGACUUCACGCUGUACAAGGAGGAACUCAACACCAAACCUGAGGUCCGGUUGCAGUCAGAGAUCAACCUACUCACCCUGGAAAAGGUUGAGUUAGAGCGUAAGUUAGACGCGGUGACCAAGUCCAAGAUCCACUACAAGCAGCAGUGGGGGCGGGCUCUCAAGGAGCUGGCCAGGGUCAAACAGAAAGAGCAGGCUCAGGCCAAGGCUCAUCUCAUCAAACAACAGCAGGAGUUGGAGCACAUGCGUCUGCGGUACCUGGCUGCCGAGGAGAAGGAGGUGGUGAACAGCGAGAAACAGGAGCUGGAGGACAUCAAGAAUGAGCUCAACAAAUUAAAACAGAUGGAGGAGGAGAGGCUGAAGUCAGCUGACCAGUCACCCAGACAUGAAGUGCUCAGCAGAAAGCUGGACCAGGAUCUGGACAACUUGGAGGAGCACAUCACAAGGCUGAUUGAGGAACGGGACACUUUGUUACGUACUGGGGUUUAUAGCACGCAGGACAAAAUUAUUGCUGAACUUGACCGACAAAUCCGAGAGGCCAUGGCCAAUAAAAAACUGAAUAACGUUUGAUAGAUCUUAAAACUUUUUAUAUUAAUUGUCUGACUUUUGACGCUAUGAAUAUUAUAGGGGAAUUUAAAAUUAUUGCAUGGUUUAAUAGUUUUCUACACGAAACUUACUUAGUUAUUAUCUUACCCACUGAACAGUUCUAUUUAUGGUGUUAGAUAAAAACCAAACAUUUAAGUGUUGUGAAGAAAGGAAAAUCAUUAAUAUUGAUAAUUGUUAUAAACCUAUUGAUAUCAUCCAAUCCGCUGUUGUCAUCCGGACCAUGGUACCGGUCAAUUCUCCACCCUAUUGGACCAGUUCAUAUGAUAAUUUCUGUUAAAUUUGGAGUAAAAGUACCUCACAAAGAAUUACAUGAUGUAAAAACAAGACCUUUUGCAGGUCUGCUAAAAAGCACUUAAAUGUUAAGUUCCACUUUCAAAUAUUUAACAAAUAACUUUCUUAAUAUUCUCUAAGGCCUUAUUUUUCGAUAAACACACUGUUAACAGCUAAUGUUAACAUUGUCAUUAAAUGACUUGAACGCUCGCGCUUUUUCUUGUUGUAAUGUAUUGUGAACAGGAAUAAUGCAGAUUCAAAGAAUGUCAUAGUUAUAUGAUUUAAGAUUAUUCAACACCAAUGUUUACUUUACAGUGAUAUAUUUGUACUUGUACGUAGCUGGUAUACUAACAUUGGCCCUACUCGACUACCAGGUAGUCCAAUAUGGUAGGUCAGCAGAGUACGUGUCGAAAUGUAUCACUGUAUUGUACACAACACUGUUAAAUUACAUAUUAUUGAUAGGAAUGUUGAAUAUCAGAAUAACAUUUUUAUAGGGAAAAAACAACCUCAAGCAGUGAUAGAAUUUACAUUAAUUUAAUGUAAUGGUCUAGAUAAUUUAUUAGUUUGACUGGAGUCAGUCAGUAUUUAUUUGUUAUGUACAAUUGUACAUGUACAUGAAUUCAAUAACAGCCUUCAAGCUUAUGUUGUGGUAAGAACAAUUCAUGUGACAAACAUACAUUUUAUUUUAUUAUGAUUUCCCUGUAUUGCUUUUAUAAGUCUGUUUAAUUUUGAAGUAAUUUAUAAGUAAACAAAAAUACUUUAAAGAAUUUGUAAAUACACAGACAUUGUCUGCUAUGGCAUUAAUCUCGUACAGGAAAGGUUAUGUGCUUGUAUGUUUUGUUUUGUGUUUUUAUGUUAAAUAUUUAUUUAAAAAAUAGCUGAAAAAGGGCGUGGACUACAUCAAAAAAUUAAAACUUAUUUUUCAAGCUUUUAUGAUCUUCCUUUUAUGAACAAGUAAACAACACCAGUUAUAUGUUGGUUGUUUAUCUUUUAGAGAGAUUAUUGGCAUACAGACAGCAAGACGGCAGACUUUAAAUUCUCAUUUAAAUAAACACUCCUUAAUCCAUAAGAUAGUCAUGAUUCCAAAUAUUUUUAUUAAAGAUUAAUCUAGCAUGCUCAUUUUUCUGAACAAAAUACUUUUCCUCUUAUAGUUGACAAAGAGUCUUAUAUGGAUUUGAUAUUUCAAAAUGUAAAAGUUUAAUCCUGGUGGAGAAAGUUAUAUCCAUAUAAGUUAAUAAAUGUCUUAUUUUUUAACUGUUAUUCUAUACAAUUAACACACUAUUAGCAAAACUUCAACCCAAGAGUAUUUAUUUGGAAAGCUAAUAUUUUGGUUAUUGAAUAGAUUUUUAAAACAUAUAACAGCACUAUUUAAGGGCAGUUAUAUAUGUUUUUACCAUUGAGAUUGGAUUAUUAGUUUUGCCAAAUUGAUAGCUAAAACAUUAACUAUCCAGUUUGUAUGUUCAGAACAAGAUUUGAUUCGCAAAUGAUAAAAUAAGCAUAGUUUUAAAAUAAGUGUUGAUCAGCACAGAGCUUAAUGUUCCGUGAGUGGCGAAACUUAAGCUUUUUAACUCUGUUGACAGGUUACUUCUUGGUGAAGUAUUUUUGGAAAUAUACUAAUUAAAAUAGUUACAAUCUAAGAAGUAUAGGCAGUUUAGAUGUUUGAAGAAUUUACCAUGGUUUAUGCUUAGGAGAUACAUGACUUUGUUAUUGGGAAAUGUAUAUUGAACUUGCUAUAUGUUAAACGUUAUUAUGACUGUAAGCUGUAAGUGUUAGGGAGUUAAGAUUAAGUAGUCUUCUUAACGAAUCGGCAUCAUCUGUGAUUUAUUUUAUGUUUAUUUUAGUUUUUUUCUUUUUAUUGUAAUAAGAAUAUAUUUGCAGAGUAAACAAUGUGAUAUAAA